AUGUAUUUAUCUCAGGACAUUCGCGAUGCCGUGACGUUUUCCGUGGGUCCGUCCCGGUCUGGCGCGGCAUUCCACACGGGUACGGACGGCUGGAGCGGGCUGGUGUUCGGCCGGCAGCGAUGGUUCCUCUACCCGCCACAACUCACGCCUCCAGGCGGUUUCUGGCCAGGAUUCAGCGUGAUCGACUGGUUCACUGACGUCUAUCCAAAACUAAACGACAAGAAAAAGCCAAAGGAGUGUGUUUUAGAGGCAGGGGAAAUACUGUAUCUGCCUGAAGGCUACUACCACAGCGUACUGAACAUCGGGGAAACAGUUUCUAUCAAGAUGAAGAGAAAAGACGCCAGCACCAACUUGGGAAGGUGGUUCUUUGAAGGGAACAGGAACGCCGACAGACUUGUAGACCCUCAGUACAAGUACAAGGAGCAGGCACGGGAGGGACAGGUUCACGUGUUUAAGAAGCUGCAUGAACUCUUACCAGAUAAUACCGAGGUGAUGCUGAGAUACAGCCAAGCACUGGCUGAUGUCGACCGGACGAAAGAAGCUAAACAGCUGAAUCAGCGAGUGAUUGAGACAGACCCGUUCUUUGUUCACGCCUACCUGUCCCUGGCUCAAAUGUACACCGAGCUGGGAUUUCUUGGCCAGGCUGAGAUCCUGUUCAAAGCUGCGAUCAGAAUGAACCCGAAAUGUUGGGACGCGUACGCACAGUACGGGGACUUCCUACUCAACAGGGCGGGCAAAAGCAAGGAUGCUGCGAAGAUAUAUGAAAAGGGCGUCGAGGUUAGACCUGACAUGAAGUCGUUCUACCUGCGGUUACACCAAUCCCAGCAGAGGGCGCGGCUGACUGGUGCAGCCAAGGAGACCGCCAAACUCAUCAAGGAGAGAUUCGGUGAUCAAAUACUCUGA